CAGCCUCUGACCUACAGGCAUUCUGUCCCCUCUCUGUAUUUUCUAUCACUACAGUUAUGGUUUCCCUUCCUUAGAAUUGACUGAUCUCAUACAUCCACCACUCAGGCACUCCCAAUCCACUCAUUUAUCCAACUAUCAUCACCUUUGUUGCAUCCAAACUCUGCCCCCACCAACCUUGCACUAACCAGUAUACCUAGUCCUUUCUCUCAAGAAAUUUGGCCCUCCCUGCCUACAUCUUUCCAGUAAGUGUCUGACAGUCUGGCCACCAAUAUCUCACCCAGGAGUGAAACAACAGCCAAAAUAAGGUUUGUACACAUGACCAUAUAGCCUGUAAUCCAGCCAAUAAAUAUCAAUCUACUUUUUCUGUAUUUCAGCUGAUGAAAAUCCCAAGCUAUGAAGACCGACUCAAAGUGUUGUUGUUCCGUGCUGAUUUCAAAGAAAGAAUCACUAAAUUAAAUUCGAUUAUCCACAACAUCAUGACAGCUUCAGUACAACUAAGGAAAAGCAAUCUUUUAGUAAAUGUUUUACAGAUGAUCCUUGCUAUAGGGAACUUCCUUAAUGAAGGAAAUAGCAGAAUUUCAAAUGCUGCAGGCUUUCGGAUAAAUUUUUUGACUCAGAUUGAUGAUACAAAAGAUAUAGAAAAUAAGACAUCGCUUCUACAUUCUUUAACAGAAGCCGUUAGCAAGAAAUUUCCAAAUAGUGACUUACGUUCUGAACUGUUAGCAGUAAUAGAAUGCGCAAAUGUAUCCAAUGCUGAUAUUUACAGUGAAUUGAAGGAAAUAAAAACUUCUUGGCAGAAAACAACAGAACUCAUGGAAAAUAUUGAACAAAAUGAUUCAAAAGACCCAAUUCAAGAUAUUAUGAAUAUAUUUCUUUCCAAAUCCAAUUCAACUUUGGAGGGUUUAUUCAAGGAUUUAGAGGAAGCUGUCAAAGAAUUUCAUACUACCUUAGAAUUUUUUGGUGAGAAUGAUGUGGGGAACAUAACAACAGACCAAAUAUUUGGGAUAUUUGCAGAAUUCUUAAACAAGUAUGAGAAAUGCCAAAGAGAAAUUAAAAUGAAGAUGAAACCCUUUGAGAGAAACCUUUGUAACUUGAUCCCCCAAACUACAAUUAAGGCAGAGGAAAAUGCUACAACAAAAGAGGAGACGUCCCAGUAGACCAAUUGUUGAUAAAAAUUGAAAGACUAUGAGCUUGAAUGUAAAAAGGAAAUGAUUCAUGAGGCCAAAAGUGUCCACAUGACUGAAAUGAUAUAUAUAUAUAUAUAUAUAUAUACACACACAUGUAUAUAUAAAAAGAGGAAAUCUUUUUUUUUAAUUAAAUUAAUCAAAAUGUU